AGGGGUGUAAUGCCCUAAAAUUGUACACUCUCAUGGUUGAUUGAUCAUUUUGGUGGGUCUAUCUGUUUUCAAAUCUCUCUCUGAAAUUCAAAUUGAAAUCUUUGUCCAUCCUUCUCUCUACGUGAAUUGAGUUUUAAUGGCGAAUCGGACGGACCCUCUGGCGAAGAGCAUAAGGGGUACGAACCCUCAGAACUUGGUGGAGAAGAUUCUGCGCACCAAGAUAUACCAAAACACCUACUGGAAGGAGCAGUGCUUCGGCCUCACCGCCGAGACGCUCGUCGACAAGGCCAUGGAGAUCGACCACCUUGGCGGCACGCACGGCGGCAACCGCAAGCCCACUCCUUUUAUGUGCCUCAUCAUGAAGAUGCUUCAGAUUCAGCCAGACAAGGAAAUCGUUGUCGAAUUCAUAAAAAAUCCUGAGUACAAAUAUGUUCGUGCACUUGGAGCCUUCUAUUUGCGACUCACAGGGACAGAUGUUGAUGUUUAUCGUUACCUGGAACCUUUGUACAAUGAUUACCGGAAGUUGAGGCUCAAGCUAAAUGAUGGAAAGUUCACAUUGACUCAUGUUGACGAGUUUAUCAAUGAGCUUCUGACAACAGAUUACUCUUGUGAUAUUGCUCUGCCUCGAAUCAGAAAAAGGUUGACCCUUGAAGCCAUUGAUUCACUAGAACCUCGGAGAAGUGCUCUUGAAGAUGAUUUUGAAGAGGAAGAAGAGAAGGACGAAGAUGAGCAACUUGCAGAUGGAUUAGAUUCUGGCGGCCAUGAGGUCCAUGACAAGGAUUACUAUGGGGCACGAAGUCCAACUAUAAUCAUAGAUACAGGGAUCGAGAUUAUGACCGAGAGCGUGAUUAUGACAAAGUUUAUGAUAGAGAUCGUGGAAGAGGACGUGAUAGAGAUGGAGAAAGAGACAGAGAUAGGCAUCGCCCAAGAGAUGAAAAGGAUUAUGGUCGUGAAAGAGACAGGGAGAGGGAGAGGGAAAGGGAAGGCAGGGAACGAGAAAGGCGAGAUAGGGAGCGUGGGAGGAGGAGAAGCCAUUCAAGGAGCCGAAGUAGAAGUAGAGAUCGCAAGGACCGUGAUGGUGAUGACCGUCGCAAAAGGCCUCGUAGCAGUGCUAGUCCUAAAAGGCGUGGGGGGAGGCCUGAGGAUGCUCGGGCUGAGCCAAGAAAGAAGAAAGAGAAGGCAAAUAAAGAUGAUGGAACAGAUCAUCCGGAUCCUGAGAUUGCAGAACAAAAUAGGCUCAGGGCAUCACUUGGACUGAAGCCUCUCAAAUUGUGAGAGUGGUUUUCGAAUGCUACUGCUGGCUCUAUACCUCCACUACCUUGUCUCUGUUGAUUUUGAUGGAUGAAAUGUAGCCCUGUUUCUCAUUCAGUGCCUUCAUUUCCUGUACGGCGCACAAUGCCAGACUGAAUUGUGUCUGUAGAACCAUUCCACCCUGCACUCUGAGAAGAGAAAGGAAAGAAGCUCACAUGGUUGUGGUAAGAAGAAAACAAAAAUACUCCGUAUGCUGGAAAUUCAGGUACCAAUUUCUGUAGUGUCUUGCUCUUUUGUUUUGGGAAGCAUACAACAGUCAUAUUAGAAAACAAGUGAGAAACCACAAGGGCUGCCCUUGAAAAUGCACUAAUCUUAUGCCAGUAGGUGCUGAUUUGACUGUUAAAAAAUCUGUGAUCCUUUCUUUGCCUAACAUCAAAUUGAAUGGUUGAACAGUGAAUUAAAUUAGCACUUUGUUGAAGUUUGUUGGAGGGCCUGCUUUUUGGAAUUCAAAUGAUUGAUUGUAUCUAUUAUCAGUUGAAU